AUGGACAGUUCCGGCCACUCUGGAAGAUUCGGCCACGAGUUUUUAGAGUUUGACUUCCGAGCCAUUGGCGAUGGACGGAGCGCGACUGCAAGAUAUGCCAACAAUUCAAACUACCGCAACGACUCCCUUAUCCGCAAAGAGAUGUGUGUCAGCGCCCUCCUCAUCUCCGAAAUCAAACGCAUCAUCAAAGACAGCGAAAUCAUGAAGGAGGAUGAUUCUCGGUGGCCGCAGAAGAACAAAGACGGAAGACAAGAGCUCGAAAUCAGGCUAGGAAGUGAUCAUAUCCAAUUCGAGACUGCGAAGAUUGGCUCCCUUGGGGACGUGACGGACUCGGCAGAUCCGGAAGGACUGCGAGUCUUCUACUAUCUUGUGCAGGAUUUAAAGGCAUUGGUGUUCUCGUUAAUAUCACUGCAUUUCAAGAUCAAGCCAAUCUAG